GGCGGUUUAUGGGUUUUUGGCGCUUUUUCUGGAUCUGAUUCGUCGUAUCGUAUGUUGUUGCUCUUUCUAAGUCUAAGUUGCACGUCAUGUGAAGUGUGUAGUGUUACAGAGCCUCUUUUUGUUCUUUUCUCCGCCAACUUUCCUUUGUGGUUCACGAUCCCUUCCCUCCUGCAUCAGACUUCUCUUCUCAUGGACUCUCUGCAACUCCAUGCUCUUCAACUUCUGCAUCCACGCACAUCAUCACCAUCAAUAACCCAACUGGCUUUCCCUCCUCCGUUAAUACCAAAUUCUAGAAAUCUCAACUUCCGAUCGUUUUCUGCUCACACGGGUGCCGCUGCUUCUCAAGACGGACCCUUCUCCUUUGAAGACAAAAUUUUCACUUCCCCCAAAGAUGAUAGAGCUCUCGUCCUGUCCAAAGAAACCGACGAUUUUGGCUAUCUCGUUGGCUUCCGCUUGAUUCCUGAGACUGGUCUUGACGAGUUGAUGAGUGUGUCACACGCAAUACCUGGGGAAAAGUCUAGUAUAGACGAGGUUGAAAAACCUGGGAUUAGGGAAACAGAUGAAGUGAAACCUGAAACUGGAUUGUCCCACAACAUUGUUUUUGUGACUGCUGAAGCUGCGCCAUAUUCCAAGACAGGUGGUCUUGCUGAUGUUUGUGGCUCUUUGCCAAUUGCUCUGGCGGCUCGCGGGCACCGUGUGAUGGUUGUCACGCCCAGAUACAUUCAUGGUACUUCUGGGGACGCUAAGUUUUCUGGGGCAGUUGAUCUGAAACGAGGCAUCAAAGUGCCGUGCUUUGGAGGUGCUCAAGAAGUUGGCUUUUUCCAUGAGUAUAGGGAAGGGGUUGAUUGGGUAUUUGUGGACCACCCCUCGUUCCAGAGACCAGGGAAUCCGUAUGGAGACAAGUUUGGGACUUUUGGGGAUAAUCAGUUUCGGUUCACUUUACUUUCCCAUGCAGCAUGUGAAGCGCCGUUGGUGCUUCCAUUAGGGGGGUUCACUUAUGGAGAAAAAUGUUUAUUCCUUGCUAAUGAUUGGCAUGCCAGCCUAGUUCCAGUACUUUUGGCAGCAAAGUAUCGUCCACAUGGGGUAUAUAAGGAUGCUCGAAGUAUAUUAGUGAUACACAAUAUAGCACAUCAGGGAGUGGAACCUGCAAUUACAUACGGUAAUUUGGGGCUACCUGCAGAAUGGUAUGGAGCACUGGAAUGGGUGUUCCCUAAUUGGGCAAGGACGCAUGCUCUUGACACAGGUGAAGCUGUCAACUUUCUAAAAGGUGCUGUGGUUACAGCUGACCGGAUUGUGACAGUAAGCAAGGGCUAUUCCUGGGAGAUAACUACCAGUGAAGGUGGAUACGGUCUACAUGAAUUAUUACAUAGUCGAAAAAGUAUUCUCAAUGGGAUCACAAAUGGAAUCGAUGUCACUGAGUGGGACCCAUCACGUGAUAAACAUAUUGCUUUCAACUACUCUGUUGAUGAUCUUUCCGGGAAGGCCAAAUGCAAGUUUGCUCUGCAGCAGGAAUUGGGUCUUCCAGUGAGGCUUGAUUGUCCAUUAAUUGGGUUCAUUGGAAGACUGGACUACCAGAAAGGUAUUGACUUGAUCCGCUCGGCAAUGCCAGAGCUCAUGGAAGCUGAUGUUCAGUUUGUAAUGCUUGGUUCAGGAAACCCUAUUUAUGAAGAUUGGAUGAGAGCAACAGAGUCAACUUAUAGAGAUAAAUUUCGGGGCUGGGUGGGAUUUAAUGUUCCAAUAUCUCAUAAAAUAACUGCAGGCUGUGAUAUAUUGUUAAUGCCAUCUGCAUUCGAGCCCUGUGGACUGAAUCAGUUGUAUGCAAUGAGAUAUGGAACUAUACCCGUGGUUCAUGAAACUGGGGGCCUAAGAGAUACUGUUCACAAUUUUAAUCCGUAUACUGAAGAGGGCAAAACUGAAAGUACUGGGUGGACAUUUUCUCCACUAACAAAGGAGAGCAUGUUAGCGGCUCUAAGAUAUGCCAUUCAAACAUACAAAGAACACAAGUCUUCGUGGGAGGGAUUGAUGAUAAGAGGCAUGACAAAAGACUACACAUGGGUAAAUGCUGCUACUCAGUAUGAACAAAUCAUCAACUGGGCAUUCAUCGACCCUCCCUAUUGCUGAAAUGAAGAUUGAGUAAAUGAUGAACGGAAGGAUUUCUUGAAUACCAGGCUACUUAGAGGAUUAUCAUGCUCAUAAUCAAGUCUUGCUGAUAACAAAAGGGAGACCAUAAUUUCUUCCAGGGUACAUAAAGUCAGCUAGACAGUUCUGGAGGAAUUUUUUUACACUGAUCGAAACUCCAAUUUGUAACCAGGCCAAAAGAUAGUGCUGGUAUAAGUUUUCGACCUUUUUGUUUUUGAACUAGAAAAGGGUUCUAGAACAGUUAGUUGAUGGGACACACUGACACUGGAAUGUAAGCCAUGUGAGAAUGUGUGUUUAUUGGCACUGGUGAGUGACCGACAUGAUUUGUAAGAUGCGUCAAACUGUGUCUUGUGCAUGCAUCUAUUCGAUAUCAUCCAGAAGCUGACCCACUUUUUGCGUUA